AUUGACUCUUCUAGUACAGGCCCCCUAGAGACAUCUCCAUGUCCGCUCAGUUGCAAAAAGCACUCCUUGUGGAAUCCGAGGGCAGCCCCUUCACCCUUGGCACUCGUCCUAUUCCUAAGCCCGGACAAGGUCAACUCUUGGUGAGGAUCAUCUCAACCGCCCUCAAUCCUGUCGACCGUCACAUGCAAAGCAGGGGAUACUUUGUCACGAGUUACCCCAUAGUUUGCGGCUUGGACGCCGCUGGUGUCGUUGAGGACGUCGGCGCAGAUGUUCAGGGGUUUGCGAAGGGUGACCGCGUGGUGUAUCAAGGCAACUUCACGUCUGAUAGAGAUACAUUCCAAAAAUAUGGGCUCACUGAUGCAGUUAUCACGGCCAAGAUCCCCUCGAACCUUUCCUUCGAGGAAGCUUCUACGCUUCCUCUUGCCCUCGUCACUGCUGCUAUGGGAUACUACGCAGAGCUCAAAUUGCGUGGCGGUGCGGGGCUCCUUGCGCCCUGGGAAGAGAGCGGUAGAGGAAAGUAUCACGAUGAACCGGUCCUAAUUAUAGGCGGUUCCAGUUCCGUAGGACAGUUCGCCAUUCAACUAGCGAAGAUGUCAGGAUUCAAUCCCAUCAUCACCACCGCGUCGUCCGACAAUGAAGACUACUGCAAAGCAGCUGGCGCAACGCACGUAAUCGACUACAACAAGACGCCCUACUCCGCCCUCAAAGAUGCAGUGGUGUCCAUCACGAAAAAGCCCAUCAAGAUGAUCUACGACUCCAUCUCCAUCCCAGGCUCGCAGACCGCCUCCUGGACUCUUCUUAGUCCAGGUGGGAAAUUGGUCGUGACACGCCCCCCCUCGGAAAGUAUUGGCAAGUUGGGCGAAGAAGAUAAAGAUGGAAAACGCACGAUAUGGGUAUAUGGGAGUUCAUCCGAGCCGGAGAAGGGAGAUGAGCGUCUCGCAAAGAGUUUGUUCGCAUCGUUGGAGAAGAUGAUGAAGGAAGGAGAUAUAAAGCCGAAUAAGGUUGAUAUUUUGAAGGGUGGGUUAAGCGGUAUUGCAGAAGGAUUGGAGAGAAUGGGAGCUGGGAAGGUCAGUGGGGUGAAGUUGGUGGCGAGGAUUGCAGACACUCCAUAAGACGAC